GAAAAACUAUCCUUCCUAAUGGCUGAGGGGUGGGAUGUAAGAUGCUUCAACUGUGAGCCAAGGGUACCCUAUUGUAAUUCUAGGAUUGCAUGCUGGAUUUUCGGACUGGGCUCUCCUUGAAGUGUGCUGUCUAUGUACAGCUGGUAAUGGGAGAAGCUGGAGGACACUUGGUGUAAGUCAUCAGCGGAGGAGUAGCGCCCUUCCCCUUCUGGUGUUCUAAUAGUCUGAGGCCUUGUGUCGUGCUUCUCCGGGUGUGUCUUUCGCCCUCUUUCCGGAGACUGACUUGUAAAACUCUCGUCUGAGUGGGGCCAUGGACAGGCCUGUUCCGCCGCUUAUUCUUUCCUCUGUCGCCCUCUCUGUACUGUGCCUGCUACUGUUGUGGUUGCGGGAAGCGCGGGGUUUCACUCAGUCUGUGGAUGGUGACUUUACUUUCACGCUGCCCGCUGGACAGAAGGAAUGUUUUUAUCAAACUAUGAGGAAAGAUGCUUCACUGGAGAUUGAGUACCAGGUAUUGGAUGGUGCUAGUUUAGAUGUUGAUUUUAUCCUCACUUCUCCAGAUGGUACAGUUGUGGUUGAUGAGCAGCGGAAAUCCGAUGGUGUUCACACUGUUGACACUGAAGAAGGGGACUACAUGUUCUGCUUUGACAACUCCUUCAGCACAGUUUCAGAGAAGGUCAUUUUCUUUGAGCUGAUCCUCGAUAACAUGUACGAGAGUGAAAAGGAGCCAGAGGAUUGGAAGCAGUAUGUCAUGGGCACAGACCUUCUCGAUAUGAAACUUGAAGAUAUUCUGACUGCUAUUAAUAAUGUGAAAGCAAGACUGAGCAAAAGCAUCCAGAUCCAGACCCUGCUCCGAGCUUUCGAAGCACGGGACAGGAAUCUACAAGAGAGUAACUUCGAUCGGGUCAACUUUUGGUCUGCUGUUAAUCUCACCAUAAUGGUUACAGUAUCCGUUAUCCAGGUCUUCCUUUUGAAAAGUCUUUUUGAUGACAGAAAAAGAAGUCGGACAUAACAUCACAGCAUUUCUGUUUAAUGAGGCAUUGUUACAUGCAGCAGUCCUCGUUGCUGAGAAUUUGGUCAGGUUGUCUUGACCUGCAGCUGUAUUUAAUAGACUGUGUGCCAAUAUUUUUUAUUCUGAUUGCUCAGAAAAUGUUAUACUGCUUUGUUAUGAUUAUGAAGUAAAGCUGGCUGUCCAGCAUUGUUCUACUGCCAAACUUAAUGUGAAAAAACUUACAAAUGAUGUUGCUCUUCUACUUUUUUAUUUUACUCCCUUGGUAGUUGCUCAGCUUUUCUGUAUGUUGUCUUAUUCCUUUUCUUUGUUCUUGGUGUUAGCUUUUCUUUUCCCUUUUGUUUUAUGUUCUCCUGGCUGAGCUUUUCUUUGCCCUUUUGUUUUAUGUCCUCCUGGCUGUGUUCAUAAUAUGAGUUGCAAUCGAAUGAGCACAAGACUGAACGGUCAGCAGCAGUGUCCACACAGUAGUAGCUGCAGCACAGUCAGAGUUUGAUUUAGUUGUAAGCCAGCAUGAUUCUCCAACAUCCUUGUGAUGUUAAAAAGUGACUGUUUUACAGUUUGCUUCUUAGAAAUUGCUUUCCUGUUUUAGUUUUGCCAGCAUGUGAGGAUAGCAGUUGUAGUAAUGAAGUACUUUUCAUUGCCUAGUAAUGCAUCCGUGAUGCUGAUUAGGUGGAGCCUGGAUGGAUAACCUGACCUGUUAUAAAUAAUUACUUCUUAGUGUGUAGCAGACACGGUAAAAUUGUGACUAGAUGCUGUUAUUGAGACUGACCUCCUGUCACAGGGGGUCAGGUUUCCUUGCUACAUGUAACCUAAGAUGGAAGCAGUUUUUGAUUUCUGCAGGGCCACAGAUUAUAUGAAUGAAAUUGUGUCCAGCAGUUGAUUUCUUCUGAGGUGCUGGGGAUUUUUUUUGCAAGAACUAUGUGAUGGGGAGAAGUGGUGGGCAAACUUUCUUCAGUAGUAGAUACGCUGUGCUGUGGUAUUUUUGUAUGACUGCACACCAAAGGGAAGUGAUCACAUUUCUGAGGGUGAGAAGGAUGGCAUCUGUUACCCCGUCAUAGGAGUUUUGUUGGUCGUACUUCCAAACUGUUUACACCGUUCAGCAGUGGCUGCUAGCAGGAGGAUGAGAGUGGACACAACCAAGUGUAACCUUUGCUAGGUUAUUGACGAGUCGUCCCUCUGAGGCAGGGUUACAGGUAGAAUGUCAUAAGUGGAACUAUUGAGUGGCUUCCAAUAGUAAGUGUUCUAUUGAAACAGUAUUUUACCAGCGUUCAGAGGUUGAAGUAAAUGUCUGUACAGUGAACUAGUUAAUUUAUUUGUUUUAUCACAAAAAUAAAUUAUUUUGUUAGAAUGAAAUUAAUGUUUAUAAGGUAAGAACCUUCUCGUGUGCUGCUGUCCAAGUUCAGUUUUUAACAAACCCAUCUGACUUGAGACCCAAACUGCGAGGCCAUGGUAGUGCAGGCAGUACUGCCACAAGAUGUCACCUUUAUCACUGUGUCACUGACUGAAUGAAACCAGGGGCUGCAAAUGUCUUUUAUCUUACUACUGAACUGCAGGUUUCUUACCGUAAUUUGUUUGUUUCUACCCCACAGGAGUGUUGAAAAUAACUGUGGACUAUCUGAGCUACUAACGCAAACUUUAAAGUAUGCAAACGUGUUUGCAGGUCCAUAGAAAACAACAGCUUGUACCAAUAAAGUUAGUUUAUUGCCUUUCACAAAAAGUAUAAUGGAAGACUUUCAAGAAUGCUUGAAGCAUGCAUAGUUUAACCCUUUUUUCCCAUCUUUAACUAAAUGCAUUUCCAUUCACCUGCAGCUUUCAUAACAGUGCUGCUCUGUGCUGAAGUGACUGAAGGUACUCACUGGACUGCUCUCUGCUGAAGUGACUGAAGGUACUCACUGGACUGCUCUGUGUGACGUGACUGAAGGUACUCACUGGACUGCUCUGUGUGACGUGACUGAAGGUACUCACUGGACUGCUCUGUGUGACGUGACUGAAGGUACUCACUGGACUGCUCUGUGUGAAGUGACUGAAGGUACUCACUGGACUGCUCUGUGUGAAGUGACUGAAGGUACUCACUGGACUGCUCUGUGUGAAGUGACUGAAGGUACUCACUGGACUGCUCUGUGUGAAGUGACUGAAGGUACUCACUGGACUGCUCUGUGUGAAGUGACUGAAGGUACUCACUGGACUGCUCUGUGUGAAGUGACUGAAGGUACUCACUGGACUGCUCUGUGCUGAAGUGACUGAAGGUACUCACUGGACUGCUCUGUGUGACGUGACUGAAGGUACUCACUGGACUGCUCUGUGUGAAGUGACUGAAGGUACUCACUGGACUGCUCUGUGUGACGUGACUGAAGGUACUCACUGGACUGCUCUGUGUGAAGUGACUGAAGGUACUCACUGGACGCAGUCUUGCUGUUGGCUGAUAUGCAUCUUUGUACUUCAGGUAGCAGGACGUUUGACACCAUUUUCUUUUAUCUGCAGCAACAUAACUAAAUUUCUACACUCUAUCUGUAGAGUAUGAGCCUAGAACAUGAAAAAAUUAUUUUGUUCUCUUAUGGCCUGGCUUGAAUUUGCUGCUGAGAUGAAUCCAAGAGUGCAUAAAUGCAGCGAACAAACGCUGUGACGCAGAAGUACGAGCUUCAGUUCUUCUCAUGGGCAUGCUUUGGGUUUAAUCAGUUGCUUCCCUUCCUGUCAGUGUCUGCAUGUGCCACACAGCUGCAUUUUUUGUCUGACUGGUACCAAAGGGCUUUAAAUAACUUCAUUCUUUUUCUAUAUGAAACAUGUUGCCAAGGGGUGUUGUAUAGAUUGUCAUAAGAAGCAUCUGUUAACCAAUCCAUUGGAUGCAUUUCAGUUUCUUUUUCUAAUAACUGUAGAAAAAGCCCAAAGUAAUUCUUGGAGGGGAGAAGGCCCAGAAUCAGGGACAGUUUUUUUUUUUAAAUAUUACUGUGAUUCAUUUAAAAGUUAGUAGACCAAAAUAGAACAGUAGGUUUUGCAUUAACAUACAUUUUCUAAAUAAUAAUAUGUACAAAAUUGUGAUGUCCAACAUUACUGACUGACUGUAAUCCUCAGGGAUUUAUCAGGAAAAUCAAAACUUUUAUAAGGCACAGGUCAAAAAUAUGAGGCGGAAUCGGGGACAUUUGAUAAAGUAUGGUCCUUGGUGUUUGCGUUUCUUUCCUUCCCCUGACAUCUGGGCAGCACGAUGGCUAAUGGCUAGGAUCUUUGCUUCACAGUCCCAUGACCUGGGGUUCAGUCCUGUAUUCAGAAGGUUUAUGUUCAGUCUUUUCUCAGAAUACUACAGUUUUAUCCAAUCUCCCAAAAAACCACCUGUUGAUUGGCUACACUGAAAUGUUCAUUUAUAUGUUAUAGUUAUCUUUGUGGACAGAGUUGUGGCUGAAAAAUACUCAGGAAGGGCCGGUUCUCUUACCUGAUUAAUAAUUAAGAAAGAAAACAAGAAGAAAAAACUCUACCAGGCUUGUAGAAAAGUAUUGUGCAAGUGAUUGUAUUAGAAAAGACACUGAUUAUGCUGUGCUGACACAUGCUCUCCCCGUAUUGAGAAGACCAUUCUAUGGGUUGGCUGUAGCUGCACGCAGCACAUAUUGUACUGGCGGUCCAGAACCGUCUGUGUGUGCGUGUGUUCUUUCUUCCUCGCAUACUCCAGGACUACCCAUUGGUCAUUUUCCCUUCCUUGGGUGAGAGCUGAUGAGCACUACCCCGGGGGUCAUUGUGUUCUUCCUUCCUGACAUAAUCUAGGACUACCCGUUGGUCGUUUUCCCUUCCUUGGGUGAGAGCUGCUGAGCACUACCCCGGGGGUCAUUGUGUUCUUCCUUCCUGACAUACUCCAGGACUACCCGUUGGUCAUUUUCCCUUCCUUGGGUGAGAGCUGAUGAGCACUACCCCGGGGGUCAUUGUGUUCUUCCUUCCUCACAUACUCCAGGACUACCCGUUGGUCAUUUUCCCUUCCUUGGGUGAGAGCUGGUGAGCACUACCUCGGGGUCAUUUUCCCUUCCUUGGGUGAGAGCUAGUGAGCACUACCCCGGGGUCAUUUUCCCUUCCUUGGGUGAGAGCUGAUGAGCACUACCCCGGGGUCAUUUUCCCUUCCUUGGGUGAGAGCUGAUGAGCACUACCCCGGGGUCAUUUUCCCUUCCUUGGGUGAGAGCUGAUGAGCACUACCCCGGGGUCAUUUUCCCUUCCUUGGGUGAGAGCUGGUGAGCACUACCCCCGGGGUCAUUGUAGCUUUACUUGCUUUUUGUCUCCCUCUCAGCACAUGCUUAUUUUCUCACUUGUGGGAAAGUAAAUCCAUCAUUGUGUUGCCUCAGCUGUCACUGCAGGGGUGAGCUGUCCCAGACCUCCUUUCUCACGUGUGGGAAAGUAAUCCAUCAUUGUGUUGCCUCAGCUGUCACUGCAGGGGUGAGCUGUCCCAGACCUCCUUUCUCAUGUGUGGGAAAGUAAUCCAUCAUGGUGUUGCCUCAGCUGUCACUGCAGGGUUGAGCUGUCCCAGACCUCCAUCAUAGAAUAGCAGGAGUCAUACAGUUGCCCCCUUCUGCCAAGUCAGUGAUGUAACAUCCAGGAAGUAGAAGCUCUGGCUAUAUCAUUGGUCCCACUAAGCACCAGACAGAGUUUUACACUGAAGGUACAUAAUGUAAUAGCUCUGCUGCAGCUUAGAUGGUGACCUGUGAAGUUCACCAUUGCGACUGGGGUCUAUAUCAUUAGUUCGAACACACAAGUGUCAGAACACUGAAACAUUGAACUGGGAAGUUCGAAAUGUAAAAAUAGCGAAGUCACGGAACACCAAAUUUUUUCCCAGGGAAAAAAUUUGGUGGGUCAUUUUCACCGCUUAGCUAUUUUUUCCACUGUGGUGCGAUCUUGGAGUUGGUAUAUUUAAGUAGGGGAGGGUGUGGGAGGGCAAACCCCCCACAUUAGUAAUAGUCUAAAGUGUUUGUGUGUUUUUACGUUGUGUAUCGGAACAGCGAUUUUUUUUUUCCCUGGGGGGGAAAAAAUCACUGUUCUGAGUGUUCGAAGUUCUCAUAUUUCGAACUUCCGGGUUCGAUAUUUACAUAGUUGAACUUAUGACAGUUGGACUAUGUGAUACAGACCCUGUGACUGUGUGUAGUGCACUACCUCUUGCUAAAGCAUCGUAUUAGCAUUUGGUUUUCUUCUGUCUCUCUCUCUUUCUUUCUUUCACUCUCUCUGUACAUACACACAGGAUAUCAUACCAGUAGUUCAUUAAGCUAGUUUCCUUUAAAGCGGUCAAGCUUUCUAUACAAAACGAUACCAGUUGGAGAGAAAAUUAGAAAAGUUUUUAUCAACAUACAAAAAAAGAAAUCACUUAAAUCUAGUCAAUCUAUUAAUAAAUUGCGUCAUGAUGAUGUUUUUAUAUCACCUAAGAGAUAUCUUACAUUAUUAAGACGUGCUUUACAGAUUUUUGAAUCUGGCUCUGUGAUCAGUAAUUAUUCACUUGCGCAUUGCUUUGUCCUACUCCUCUUUUUAGAAGAGUAGCUUGGUUCAUCAUGCAGUAGUUGAAGUGUUUUAUUUUUAGCUCAAGCUUGUUAGAUGCUGUUUUCCCAUGCCAAGUCAGUGUUUGAGCUUGUGAGAAGUCAUUUAUGGUGCACUUCUUGUCCAGGUCCUUUAGAAUAUUAGUGCUUCCGCUUUUGAAGAACUAUUACUGAAGUUUAAAAAGGGCUCGUCUUUUAAAUGGCUUUGCCACAGAGGUGGUAUUUGUAAUGUGUAACCAAAGUCUUCACACUGUAAAAUGUGAGCCUGGUAUGCACUCUGCUUUCCCGACUAACUGUCAAAAUUAUAACAAGCGGUAGUAGAGUUCAUUCCUGUCGGACUGCUAAUUUUUUCCUUCUUAAUGUUUUUAUAGAACCAAACAAUGAUUGCCUUACUUGGAUGUUGCAGAGUUUGUUUCAAAGAACCGUAAAAGAGGGGAGUGAAGGCUGUGUUUUUCAUUUGUGCCAGUUUGGGCCUUGCAAGUUUUGCAGUCAUUUUGGUUUAUUCUAGGAAGGAUAAGAGAUUCUCUCUUUGAUACACACAUUAUUUGACUAAAAUGCUGUGAUUAUGUAAAUAAUUGAAACUAGUCAUGUUUUCCAUAAAUGCUGUAGGCUGUUACAAGAGCAGGUAUGACUGACAUAACUAAACAGCCCUGUUUUCAUGAACUGCAUGUGCUGACAUCUGUAAAUCUGUGUACACAAGAAAAUUGCCGCGGGUUAUUGAGUUAUGAAUUUUUCUCAUGUCUUUAUGGAGAGUAUUUUUUAGUCUUCUGUUUAACAAAUAAACUUUCUAAUGUCUUUGGUACAAAAAUGAAAUAAGUAAAUAAAUAAAUAUUA